GACAAAGAGGAGGAGCACCGGGAGCAGGGGGCGGAGCACUAGGGCUGAGAGCAGGAUCGAGAGACGCAGCGGGAACAAGGGGGAGGAGCACCCGGACUCACACCGGGAGCAGCAGGAGGAGUUCCGGGGCUAUCGAGGGGAAACAGACUUUCUGUAACGGCACCGGUAAACAGUUGACGGGAAUCGUGGUUAGUUCUGAAAAGUGAGCAUGGACGACGGGAAGCCUGUGUGGGCUCCACAUCCCCUGGAUGGGUUCCAGCUGGGUUCCAUUAUUGACAUUGGUGUUGACUCACUAACAAUUGAACCUUUGAAUCAAAGAAACAAGACAUUUCUAGCACCCGUCAACCAGGUUUUUCCUGCAGAAGAAGAUAAUGAAAAGGAUGUAGAAGAUAAUUGUGGCCUGAUGUAUUUAAAUGAAGCUACCCUCCUGAACAAUAUCAGAGUGCGCUAUAGCAAAGACAAAAUAUAUACUUACGUAGCCAACAUUCUAAUAGCAGUGAACCCAUACUUUGAUAUACCAAAACUGUAUUCAUCAGAGACUAUUAAGAAGUACAAAGGGAGGUCCUUGGGCACUCUGGCACCACAUGUCUAUGCUAUUGCUGAUAAAGCUUACCGUGACAUGAAGGUGCAUAAACUAAGCCAGUCCAUUAUUGUUUCGGGGGAAUCGGGUGCUGGAAAAACAGAAAAUACCAAGUUUGUUCUUCGGUACUUGACAGAAUCAUAUGGUACAGGUCAAGACAUCGAUGAAAGGAUUGUAGAAGCUAACCCCUUACUUGAGGCUUUUGGAAAUGCCAAAACUGUCCGAAAUAACAAUAGUAGCCGAUUUGGAAAAUUUGUAGAAAUUCAUUUCAACGAGAAGAAUGCUGUCGUUGGAGGUUUUGUAUCUCAUUACCUUUUGGAAAAAUCCCGAAUCUGUACGCAGAGCAUGGAAGAAAGAAAUUACCAUAUCUUUUAUAGGCUGUGCGCAGGUGCUCCUGAAGAGAUUAGGCAAAAGUUUCACUUGACCUCCCCUGAUAACUUCCGGUAUCUGAGUCGAGGAUGCACCAGGUACUUUGCCAACAAGGAAUCCGACAAAAAGAUUCUACAGAAUCGCAAGAGCCCACAGUGUCUUAAAGAAGGCUCACUGAAAGACCCAUUGCUGGAUGACCAUGGUGAUUUUAACCGCAUGUGUGUUGCUAUGAAGAAAAUAGGGCUGGAUGAUGCAGAGAAGCUUGAUCUGUUUCGUGUAGUUGCAGGUGUUCUGCACCUUGGAAAUGUUGACUUUGAAGAAGCUGGAAGCACCUCAGGUGGAUGUGUCCUGAAGAACAAAUCGAGUCAGUCACUAGAGCACUGUGCCGAAUUGCUGGGGCUGGAUGAUGAUGACCUGCGUGUUAGUUUGACCACUAGAGUAAUGCUGACCACAGCUGGAGGUGCCAAAGGCACAGUUAUCAAGGUACCCUUAAAGGUGGAGCAGGCAAACAAUGCCCGAGAAGCUUUGGCCAAGGCAGUUUAUAGCCAUCUAUUUGACCAUGUGGUAAAGCGGGUCAAUCAAUGUUUCCCCUUUGAGACCUCCAGUUUCUUUAUUGGAGUUCUAGACAUUGCUGGGUUUGAAUAUUUUGAGCAUAAUAGCUUUGAACAAUUCUGCAUUAACUACUGCAAUGAGAAGCUUCAGCAGUUUUUCAAUGAAAGGAUCCUAAAAGAGGAACAAGAGCUAUAUCAGAAAGAAGGCCUUGGCGUGAAUGAAGUGCACUAUGUUGAUAAUCAAGAUUGCAUAGAUUUAAUUGAAGCUAAAUUAGUGGGAAUCCUGGAUAUUUUGGAUGAAGAAAACCGUUUGCCUCAAGCCAGUGACCAACAUUUUACUGCCGCAAUACACCAGAAGCACAAGAACCACUUCCGACUCACGAUUCCUAGAAAGUCAAAAUUGACAGUUCACAGGAAUAUCCGUGAUGACGAAGGGUUUAUCAUCAGGCACUUCGCUGGAGCAGUCUGCUAUGAAACAUUAUUAGUGAAGAACAAGAUGAAGUACCGAGCUGUUUCUUGCAUUAAGAUGCAGAAGACUGUCCGCAUGUGGUUAUGCAAGAGAAAAUAUAAACCGCGCAUUGAUGGCCUGGUGAAGGUGAAAUCACUCAAGCAGCGAGUCAAUAGAAUGACUGAGGUGGUGAAGGCCUUGAGGGAGGGCAAGGCUGAGAUGAGUAAACAAGUCCAGGAUCUGGAUUCAUCAAUUAAUGCCCUUGUGAUUAAAAUUAAGAACACUGCAAUGACCAGAGAUCAAAUUGAUCAGGAGUAUGUUGCUCUAGUGAAACGAUCGGAACAACUUCUCAGCACACUGCAGAAGAAGAAACAAGAGGAGGAGGAAGCUGAGCGACUGCGCGUCAUCCAGGAGGAAAUGGAGCGAGAACAGAAACGUCGUGAGGAGGAGGAGCGUCGACGCAAGCAAGAAGAGGAAGAACGUCGCCUGAAAGCUGAAAUGGAGUUGAAGAGAAAAAUGGAGGAGGUGGAGAGGAAGAAAGAAGAGGAAGUAAAACGUUCUAUGCAGGCUGCUUUGGAGGCUCAGCUCGCUGCAGAGCGUGAGGAAGAAGCUCGUAAGCAGUCUCUACUCGAACAAGAGCGACGUGACCGGGAACUUGCCAUGAGGAUUGCACGAAGUGAGUCUGAGCUCAUCUAUGAUGAAUCGCCAAUGGACACAGGAAUUAAGAGUGUUGAAGUUAAACAAAUCCGCCCAGUCGCAGUUGCUGCUAAAUCUGAUGGACCACAAUCCAAAAUGACAAUGGAAGAAAUGGCCAAAGAAAUGUCAGAUUAUCUGGCUAGAAGUCCUGAGGUCCAGGCUACUAAGGCUGCUGCUGGCACAAAGAAAUAUGAUCUCACCAAAUGGAAAUAUGCUGAACUGCGAGAUGUCAUCAAUACCUCUUGUGAUAUUGAGCUGUUGGCAGCAUGCAGGGAGGAAUUCCAUCGGCGGCUGAAGGUUUACCAUGCCUGGAAGUCCAGGAACAAAAAGCGCAAUACUGAAGCAGAACAACGAGCUCCAAAAUCAAUCACUGAUUAUGCUCAGCAGAAUCCCCCUCAGUUACAAGCUAGGCAGCAGGAGAUCACUCAGAAUCGGACACAGCGCUAUUUCCGCAUCCCAUUUAUCCGUCCAGCUGACCAGUACAAAGAUCCCCAGAACAAGAAGAAAGGCUGGUGGUAUGCCCAUUUUGAUGGACCAUGGAUUGCACGUCAGAUGGAAUUGCACCCAGACAAAGCCCCCAUACUCCUGGUAGCUGGUAAGGAUGACAUGGAGAUGUGUGAGCUAAGCCUGGAUGAGACGGGGCUCACUCGGAAGCGGGGAGCUGAAAUCCUACCACGGCAGUUUGAAGAAGUGUGGGAGCGUUGUGGUGGAGUCACAUAUCUCCGCAAUGCAAUUGAGAGCAAGCAAGCCAGACCCACUUAUGCCACAGCAAUGCUACAGAACCUUCUGCAUUAGAAUGGAAUAGAUUUUGCCUUGAUUAUGAGUAGUGGCUUAAAGGAAAAGAGUUGCGAAUGGAACAAAGGGAAGAAUGCUUCUCCCUGAUAAAAAUAAAUCUGAGCUUGAAAUAAAUGUUUUUUUAAACUUCUAGAUUUCAUGAGAACUGUUGUGCAAUGGUAAUGAGUAAAACUAAUCAAAUAAAAUUAGGAAUAAUAUUCAGUGACACUAACCCUAUUUCCUUAAAAUUGUGUGGUAAACAAUCAAGAAUAACACAUCUGUAGUGAAUCACAGUUUAUUCAAAAGUGCCACAGUGAUAUUUGCAAUACUAAGCAAAGAAUGAAGGUGGCUGAUCUACAUGGUGUUAGUUCUUUCAAAAUCCUAUUUGUUGGGAAAUAUAUGGUUUUAUCCAGAGAAGUUUAAAAAUCUGCAUGCUAUCACUUUUGAUUGAAUUGUUAGAUGUUAUUUGUUGCUUUGUAAAAGACCUUAAUGAGAGCAGCUGCUAUUCUGCAUAACAAACAGUUUAAAAACCCCAGUUCAGUACUUUAAACACUGAUAACACAUUUCACAGCUAGACUAUAAAGUUAUACUUGAAGGUUGCAGUUUUCAGGCACUAUGAAAUAACCUGCAACCCUUAUAAUUAGUGGGUCCUGAUAUUGGGUUCUUAAAGAAGAUUACCUCUAUUUCAAGUCCUGAAAUUUUGAAUAAUCAUGUUGUACCUCUUUGACCCAAAUGGAUUUUGUUAAUUGUAGAACUUUGUUUUAUUAACUUCUAAUUUUAUGUUUCUUUUGUGUAGUGAAGUGUUUUUGUGUACUCUGGUAAUUGAAUCCCUGACCUCCUGUAAAUGCUGUUCCGAAAGUGAAAUAAUAUCUUAAAACUGAAACAGCAAUGCUUUUGCACCAGACCCAUCAACUUACAAUCUGUUACUGGAAACAAUUGGUGAAUCUUGCAUUAUCCUUGGUUACUUAAGUAUUGAGGUGUAUCUUCUUUAGCUUACCAUGAAAGAAGUAUAUUAUUUAGGAAUGAGCAGGAUCACAACCUUUUCUCUAAUAUCUCUAGUACAAAUUGAUCUCACUCCUCUCACCAUCCCAGCUUACUAAAGCCAUAUGCAGAAAAUCUUUCCAACUGAGGUUAAUGGUGACAAGUUGCCUUUUUGGAGAUUUGGGUGAAACCAACUCCCAGUCAAAAAUGUAGUCUGUUGGCUCUUUGUGUAUAAUUUCUAUCCUUCCAUAGCUGUUGCAUUUAAAAGAAAGGAAACACAUUAUCUGUGCAAAUGGGAUUUGUGUACAAUUAACUAGAACAAGGGAGUAAGAAAAGGGUAGCCUGUAAAAAUAGGCUAGCAUAAUCUUGCACUGCAUGGCAGUUGUAGUUUUUGUGGAAACCCACAAUCUCUUAGACUUUGUCAAACUCGAUAACUGUGUGGAAGUUGCUGUAAGUAGGUUGGUUAUUUAUUUAUGAUUUCAAAUGUGCAAAGUGAUUGUCUAAUAAUCUGAUCUACAAGCUCAACCUGAAAACAGUUUGUGUUUUCAUGAUUCUUUCUGGACCUCUUGGAACAAAGUCUCUUAAAAUUUACAGUUUUACAAUUUGAUUUGUAAAUGAUCUGUUUUCAAUGGUGACAUACAGAAAAUAAACACAUUCCUUACCUGA